AGCUCCAGCCUCGACCCUGCAGCAGCUGAUCCCACAGUGAGUGGCUGUUCCCCGGCUCUUCAGCUGGCGGCUCUUCAUCCCAUCCUGCCCAACAUCCUGCUCAGGGGCUUCUCACACUCGAUCCUCGUCGCUCUGUCGGUCUGCACCACAUCUGCGUCAGAGCGGCCGGACGCCUUUCACCUGAGGCCACAAGCAGCCCAAGCCAAUGGUAAGCACGGCAGCGGGAUCUUAGAGCCACGUAUCCUGGAGAGUCGCUGCGCUUCCUUCCAGUAUCGAGCCGAGAAGUAUUCUGCAGGAGGUCCUGGACACGGAGCCUCAGAGCUAGCGAUGCCCGGAUCCACGCCGGCCAGCAGCAAGGCUCGGGUGUACACCGACGUCAACACACAGAAGAACAGAGAGUACUGGGACUAUGAUGCACAUGUGCCAAACUGGAGCAAUCAAGACAAUUAUCAGCUGGUUCGUAAACUGGGUCGGGGGAAGUACAGUGAAGUGUUCGAGGCCAUAAAUGUGACCAACAAUGAGAAGGUGGUGGUAAAAAUCCUCAAGCCCGUCAAGAAGAAGAAAAUCAAAAGGGAAAUCAAAAUUCUUGAAAACCUGCGUGGAGGAACCAACAUCAUCCGCCUGGUGGACACAGUCAAAGACCCCGUGUCCAGAACACCAGCGCUUGUCUUUGAGUGCAUCAAUAACACAGAUUUUAAGGAGCUUUACCAGAAGCUGACAGACUAUGACAUCAGAUUCUACAUGUAUGAGCUGCUCAAGGCUCUGGACUACUGCCACAGUAUGGGCAUCAUGCACCGAGACGUGAAGCCGCACAACGUGAUGAUCGACCACCAGCUGAGGAAGCUGCGUCUCAUCGACUGGGGUUUGGCAGAGUUCUACCAUCCCGCUCAGGAAUACAAUGUCAGGGUAGCGUCUCGCUAUUUCAAAGGCCCUGAGCUGCUAGUGGACUAUCAGAUGUAUGACUAUAGUUUGGACAUGUGGAGUCUGGGCUGCAUGUUGGCCAGCAUGAUCUUCCUGAAGGAGCCAUUUUUUCAUGGCCAGGACAACUACGAUCAGCUGGUCCGCAUCGCUAAGGUUCUGGGCACCGACGAGCUCUUCGGUUACCUGCACAAGUAUCACAUAGAACUGGACACCCGCUUCAAAGACCUGCUGGGACAGCAAACACGGAAGCGUUGGGAGCAGUUCAUCCAAUCAGAGAACCAGCACCUGGUGAGUCCCGAGGCUCUGGACCUGCUGGACAAGCUGCUGCGCUACGACCACCAGCAGCGGCUGACGGCGGCCGAGGCCAUGCAGCACCCGUACUUCUAUCCUGUGGUGAAGGAACACGCAAACGCCAACACCGACGGCACAAAGGCAUUAAGCAGCUCCAAUGCAACAUGAUGAGCAGAGAGCAGGAAGAAUCUUUGUUACCUCAACUUGUGACCUUUUCGUGGCAGAAGCCUCCACAUCAACAGCCAUACUGGAGUAAGAUGUCAACACACAGAACCAUGCACAGAUUAAAUGUCUCCACAAAAAACAAAGCCCGGGGAAACUACGCCGCUCGGUCCAAGUCGCAAAUAAAUCAGAUCUAUAGAUCUGACUCCCAACGCUCCUCCUCCUCUUCCUCCUCCUCCUCCCAACACACCCCUGUUUUUAAAAUGAGCUAAGUGACUGUUGUUGGAUCGGUAUCGAGCCGCUGGCGUCGCUGUCAAAACGUUUGUGGUCACUACGACGCUGCAGUGACCGAGCUCCAGUCCCAGGUUUUAGCACUGAGAGGCACCGAGGCUCUUUUCUGCUAUGGAUAGAACAAAAGCUAUAUUGAAAGAGAAUAAACCGUUUUUAUUUAAA